AGCCGGAUAUUUAUUCAGAUAACCAUAACAGAUAACAUUUUGGGGAUAUCACAAACUGUCGAACGGUGCAUUAUGGGGCUAUAAUUAAACAAUAAUAACAGAACCAACUGCACGAACUAGCACACGUUUGUCCUAGUCAUUGAUGAUUCUCAUCUCAGUGCCUUAGUGGAUAACAUUGUCCCCAUGCCAAGUCAGGCUGAUUCCACUGGUCGACCUACCAUGGCUUUUGGCUUCAUGUCCACUCCUGGAGCAAGAGUUUCACAUCUGAUGGCAGAUGUUCGUGGGGAGCUGUUACCCAGAGGCCUCGUCCCAGUCAUAGUAUGUCUGAUCAUUCCUGGUAACAACCUUGAAGCCAGCCCAUCCAUCGCCCAGGCAAUUACCAAGAACUGCUGGCCCUGGAGUAUGAAACCCAAGUAUGGGUUCUGGAUGUGACUUACGGAAGGGAGAUGUCCAGGGCCUUCCGGGGCCUACGAGCAGUGGCCGAAAAGAUUCAUUUGAGAAUCAUUAUGCUAAUCUAAAAGCAAUGACUUGCAGAAGAGGAGCUCUCAUUGUCCUAGAAGGGGUGGACAAGGCCGGGAAAACUACACAAUGUAACAAGCUAAUCCAGGCACUGUUGGAGAAUGAACAGCCAGCUGAAAUGAUGAGAUUCCCAGAGAGAACUACAAUGAUCGGACAACUUAUUAAUUCCUAUCUUGAGAAGAAAAGCAAUCUGGAGGACCACACCGUGCAUCUGCUGUUCUCCGCCAACCGAUGGGAACAAGUGCCUCUGAUGAAGGAGAAGUUGGAACAGGGCAUCACUCUAGUGGUGGAUAGAUACGCCUUCUCUGGAGUCGCUUUCACCAGUGCCAAGCCUGGUUUCACUCUGGACUGGUGCAAGAACCCAGACGUGGGGCUGCCCAAGCCAGACUUGGUGAUGUUCCUGAACGUCAACCCCUCGGAGGCUGCCCGGCGAGGCCAUUUCGGCACAGAGAGAUACGAGACCAGUGUCUUCCAGAGGGCUGUGCAGCAGAGGUUUGAAGAAUUGAUGAAGGACUCAUCGGUAAACUGGCAGGUUAUUGAUGCAUCCAGGAACAUUGAAGAUGUGCACGCAGACAUCAAGAACCACACUAUAGAAGCCAUUACAACUGCUAUGACUCAGCCCAUUGGGCACCUCUGGAAGUGACCUAAUGUCAUGUUCAAUAUGGCAUGUUGUCUCAAAAAUGUUUGCAACAGAAAAAGCACAUCAGACUUAUUAGUUGUGGGGGGUUUUUUCCCACGGUUUGGUGCGAACAUGACACACGUCUGGAACCAAGUCCUCAGAUCACACGGAGGCCUUGUCCUCCUAACGUGUCGUCACAAGCCGAACCGUUUGGGGGGAAAAAGAAAUGAAACAAUGCUGCAAAUAAAUUGUGCAAUAUUAGAGAUGGUGUAUAAUAAUAUUUUAAUAAUUAAUCGCUGAGGACCACAAAAAUCCAAGCUGUAACUAUAUUUUUCCCCAUUUCCAUCGGUCUUGUCCAUUAAGCAUUCUUUAUGCAUUGACUAAAUAAAUAAUCUUGAAAUGA